UGUUGAAACAUACACAGCCCCAGCGCAGCGCUUUGUUGGGACUCGCAACCAUGUCUGACGGUAGUGUCAAACCUCCCAAGCCCGCUGUGGUCCACGAGGCCCACGAAGUCGACACUUUCCAUGUCCCCCAAGCAUUUCACGAGAAACACCCCGUAGGAACCCACCUGAAAGACCUCGAUGAGUACAAGACCCUGUACGAGGAGUCCAUCCGCAGCCCCAACACCUUCUGGGCGCGCAUGGCCCGCGAGCUCCUCACCUUCGAGCAGGAUUUCCGCACCACCCACAGUGGGUCAUUGGAGAACGGCGACAGCGCCUGGUUUGUCGAGGGCCGCCUGAACGCCUCCUACAACUGCGUCGACCGUCACGCCCACAAGAACCCCGACAAGGUCGCCAUCAUCUAUGAAGCUGACGAGCCCAGCGAGGGCCGUUCCAUCACCUAUGGCGAGCUGCUCCGCGAGGUGUCGCGCGUGGCCUGGGUGCUCCGCCAGCAGGGCGUCAAGAAGGGCGAUACCGUCGCCAUCUACAUGCCCAUGAUCCCCGAGGCCAUCGUCGCCUUCCUGGCCUGCUCGCGCAUUGGCGCCGUCCACUCCGUCGUGUUCGCCGGUUUUUCGUCCGACUCUCUCCGGGACCGUGUGCUGGACGCUGGUUCCAAGGUCGUCAUCACAACCGACGAGGGCAAGCGUGGUGGCAAGGUCAUCGGCACCAAGCGCAUUGUCGACGAGGCCCUGAAGCAGUGCCCCGAUGUCUCCAGCGUUCUGGUCUACAAGCGCACCGGCGCGGAGGUCCCCUGGACCAAGGGCCGUGACAUCUGGUGGCACGAGGAGGUCGAGAAGUACCCCAACUACCUCGCCCCCGAGUCGAUGAACUCCGAAGAUCCUCUUUUCCUGCUCUACACAUCUGGUUCCACCGGAAAGCCCAAGGGUGUCAUGCACUCGACUGCGGGCUACCUGCUCGGAGCUGCCAUGACGGGCAAGUACGUGUUUGAUAUUCAUGACGAUGACCGCUACUUCUGUGGUGGCGAUGUGGGCUGGAUCACUGGUCACACCUAUGUGGUGUAUGCGCCUCUGCUCCUCGGAUGCUCCACCGUCGUCUUCGAGAGUACUCCGGCGUACCCCAACUUCUCCCGCUACUGGGACGUGAUUGAGAAGCACAAGGUGACCCAGUUCUACGUGGCCCCCACCGCGCUGCGGCUUCUGAAGCGGGCUGGAGACGAGCACAUCCAGCACAAGAUGGCUCACCUGCGUAUUCUGGGCUCCGUCGGCGAGCCCAUCGCCGCGGAGGUCUGGAAGUGGUACUUUGAGAAGGUCGGAAAGGAGGAAGCUCACAUCUGUGAUACCUACUGGCAGACCGAAACGGGUUCUAACGUCAUCACUCCCCUGGGUGGUGUCACCCCGACGAAGCCCGGCAGUGCGUCGCUGCCUUUCUUCGGUAUCGAGCCCGCUAUCAUUGAUCCCGUCUCCGGAGAAGAGAUCCCUGGAAAUGACGUGGAGGGAGUGCUUGCCUUCAAGCAGCCCUGGCCCAGCAUGGCCCGUACGGUGUGGGGCGCCCACAAGCGCUACAUGGACACCUACCUGAAUGUGUACAAGGGCUACUACUUCACGGGAGACGGUGCUGGCCGUGACCACGAUGGAUACUACUGGAUCCGCGGUCGUGUUGAUGAUGUGGUCAAUGUUUCUGGACACCGUCUGUCCACGGCUGAGAUCGAAGCCGCGCUCAUCGAGCACCACCAGGUGGCUGAGGCUGCUGUCGUCGGUAUUUCCGAUGAGUUGACCGGCCAGGCCGUCAAUGCGUUCGUGGCCCUGAAGGAGGGCAACGAGACCACCGACCAAGUUCGCAAGGACCUGAUCGCGCAGGUGCGCCGGUCCAUUGGACCGUUUGCUGCCCCCAAGGCGGUCUUCGUGGUCGAGGACCUCCCUAAGACCCGCAGCGGGAAGAUCAUGCGCCGGAUUCUCCGGAAGAUUCUGAGCGGCGAGGAGGAUAGCCUGGGCGACACAUCAACGCUGUCGGACCCUGGAGUUGUGGACAAGAUCAUUGCCACGGUGCAUGCUUCCCGAGUCAAAUAAACGGCCCCGGGAGGAACCGAUGAGAUGAAGCCAUUAAUAUGUCAUGACGAGUUGAUUAGCCUUUUUGGGUGGACAUGAUGUCCAGAGGCGCAGUUAUUUCUAUAAACCCCGUUUUGUGAUUCCCAACCUGUGAGAGGUGAACACUGGUGGAUCGAUGGAUCGCCCAGAAAAUAUACAUGUUUCCUAUUUUUCCUAUUAUUCAUUUGUGCUGGCAGGGGGACGACUGUAGGAUGUCGUGUGAGUGAGCACCUCUGGGCUUGAGACAUACCCUAAGCCUAUGUACUAAUUAGGAAGGGGUGGGGGGCAUCGCAAGAGCAGGUGGUGGUAUGUAGUAGUGAUUAGGUAGGUUAGGCAUUAAUAGUAAGUCUCGAG